UUGACUGUAAAUUGUAUUGAACUGAUGUUUUCUGUUUUAGGCGAUGAUGCAGUACAUGUAAAAUGGUAUACUCUUGAUCGAGAUUUAAAACUGUAUGCAUCACACGAUGCUAUUCUUCGAGAUGUGGCUCGAGCUCAUGGAGCAUACGAAUAUUGGAGUAAAUAA